UCCUGCAAACAUGGCCUUGUUUUAGGAGUCUAUGCAAAAGAAAAAGAAGAAGCGGCUCCUCAUUUUACUGAUGCUGGAGAGACUUUUGAUCGACUUGUAUGUGGAAAGCUGACAGAACUAUUGUCCAUAUCUGGGCCUCCUUUGAAGAAAGGCAAAACACGCCUAUUUCAUGGCUUGCAUCAGGAUUUUCCGAGUGUUGUAGUUGUCGGUUUGGGUAAGAAGGCUACUGGAGUAAAUGAUCAAGAAAAUUGGAAUGAGGACAAAGAAAAUAUUCGGACAGCUGUUGCAGUUGGAUGCAGACAAGUUCAGGACCUGGAGAUUCCUUGUAUUGAAAUAGACCCAUGUGGAGAUGCUCAGUCUGCUGCAGAAGGAGCUGUUCUUGGACUAUAUGAAUACAAUGAACUUAAGCAAAAAAAGAAACCUGUAGUUACUGCUCAGCUACAUGGAAGUGAUGGAAAGGAAGACUGGCAGAAAGGUGUCAUCUAUGCUGAGGGGCAAAAUUUGGCUCGCUACUUGAUGGAGGCUCCAGCUAAUUAUAUAACACCAAUCAAAUUUGCUGAAAUUUUUGAAAAUAAACUCAGAAGUGUCAAUAGCAACGUGACGGUUCAUAUAAGAUCAAAAGCAUGGAUAGAGGAACAACAGAUGGGAGCAUUCUUGAGUAUAGCUAAGGGCUCAGAUGAGCCUCCAGUCUUCUUGGAGAUUCACUAUGCAGGCAGUGGUAAUGCAAAUGACUCUCCGUUAGUGUUUGUUGGAAAAGGAGUUACAUUUGAUAGUGGUGGCAUUUCACUUAAGCCUUCUUCAGGCAUGGAUGCAAUGAGAGCAGAUAUGGGAGGAGCAGCAACUGUGUGUUCAGCCAUUGUGACAGCAGCAACCCUAAAUCUACCUCUUAAUAUAAUUGGUUUGGCACCUCUCUGUGAAAAUAUGCCCAGCAGUAGAGCAAGCAAACCUGGAGAUGUUGUUAGGGCUAAGAAUGGAAAAACAAUCCAGAUUGAUAACACAGAUGCAGAGGGAAGAUUACUAAUAGCUGAUGCUCUCUGUUAUGCCCACAAUUUUAAUGCAAAGGCCAUAGUGAAUGCUGCAACAUUAACAGGUGCCAUGGAUGUAGCACUAGGAUCUGCUGCAACUGGAGUUUUUACCAAUUCAUCUUGGCUUUGGACUCAUCUUUAUGAGGCCAGUAUUUUGACAGGGGACCGUGUUUGGAGAAUGCCUCUCUUUGAACAUUACACAAAACAGGUUACCGAAUGUCAACUUGCAGACCUCAGUAACAUUGGAAAAUAUAGCAGAGCUGGAGGUGCAUGCACAGCUGCUGCCUUCCUGAAAGAAUUUGUGACUGUCGCUAACUGGGCUCACUUAGAUAUUGCUGGUGUGAUGUCAAAUAAAGAUGAGGUUCCAUAUCUUCGAAAAGGCAUGGCAGGACGACCCACACGAACGUUAAUAGAGUUUGCUACACGACUGAGCAAAGACAAGCAAAAUAUCUAGUAAAAUAGUAAUUUUAUAAUCGUCCACACUGCCUUAAAUCUAUCUACUUCAAUUAAUCUUAAAAUUUAUUUUAAAACCAAUUAAUGGCUUACGGAAUAUGUAAACUUUAGUAAAAUCCAAAAUGUGGACAUAUAUUUGCAAUACAGGAAUACUUCCCAUAAUCUGAAAAGAUAUAAUGAUGAAAGAGAAAUGCAUUUUAUAAACAGUUCUUACUGGGUAAGAAUAUCCCAUAGUUGAGGGUUCCCUCCAUGGUUAUCCAAUAGUUCUGCUUGGACUAUUCGUAGACAUUUAAUACUAGAAAAAAGAUAAUUGUAAAAAUCUGGACUUGAUCUGUGUAAUGGUUAUAAACAAAUUUACCUUUAGCUGCUUUAGAAAGUUCUUUUGUGUAAACAUGGUAAUGUAACCUCCAUUAUAAAGCCAUUAAUUUGGAAUCAGGACCGUAUCUCUGUGUUUUGCAUGUACCAUACAUGGAAGAAUAACUCUUAAUAGGGUUUAUUGACAGAAAUUUUAUCAGAACAAUGUAAGAGAGAAGCUAGAAGUACUGUUACCAUCUGUUUAAUCAACUAAUACGUAAUACUGCUUUAUUAGGUAUUGGGAGACUCUAUUGCUAGAGGGUUCUUAGACUAGAUAAAGGACCAGAAAAUCAGCUGUGAAGAAUUUUACUUUGUUC